AUGAAGAGAGUGAUCAGAUUCUUUAAGCGGAAGUCUGAUCCUAAGCAAAAGCUUCGAGAUUGGCAACGAAAGCUACGAUAAGAUGUCCGUGACAUUGAACGACAAAUUCGAGAUAUUGAGAGAGAAGAAAGAAAUGUGCAUAAAGCUAUCAAAGACUCGGUAAAGCGGAAUGAUUUGGUCACUGCUAAGGCACUUGCUAGGGAAAUAGUGAGUUCUAGAAGAACGGUUAAGCGGCUAUACGAGAAUAAAGCGCAGGUGAAUUCUAUUUCAAUGCAUCUUGGGGAGAGUAUUGCUACUGCGGUAACUGUUGGGAAUCUUUCGAAGAGUGGUGAGGUUAUGAAGCUUGUUAAUAGUCUAAUGAAAGCUCCAGAGAUUGCUGUGACAAUGCAGGCAUUUAGCAAAGAGAUGACCAAGACUGGGGUUAUUGAAGAGUUUGUGAGUGAUGCUGUGGAUAAUGCCUUAGAUUCUGAGGAUAUUGAAGAGGAGAUCGAGGAAGAGGUUGAUAAGGUAUUGACUGCCAUAGCAGGAGAGACUGCAGCUGAGCUCCCGGAAGCAGUUAGGAAGCAAAAGAUGAAUGUUCCAGCUCAAAAGGCGGAAACUUUACACGGGGAAGAUGCAAUUGUAGAAGGAGUUGAUGCUGAAGAAGAACUAGAGGCCAUUAGAUAUCGGCUAGCCAAUGUUAGAUCAUAG